UCAAAAAGAAGCAGUCUUUUCGCGUGUACACAGCAAAAGUAUCAGGCAGUACAGAGUGCAGGAAAAUGUAAUGCGAAAAAUGGCUGAAUCGAAGAGAUCAGCAACAACGUCGUCCUCAUCAAGCAGUAGUAAAUCUCGAAAGUCCCGGAAUGAUUUCAUUCGCAGUGUCGUAGGAAGCUAUCUGAAACAACGAAACUACGGGGUGAAUGACCGCUUUAGAAAAUCGGAUUUGAUUCUAACUCAAUCUACCGACCAAAUUGUCAUGAACACUGCCAUCAAGAACGAGAUGUCCAAAGCGAACAGCUUUCUGUUUUCGAACAUUUUCUGCCUGAACAACAAUCCGGCCCAGGUGGACCAACAUUUCGCCAAACUAUGUAAUUUUAUCAAAUGCCAACCAGAACCAGUGCAGCAAGAAUUAUCGGAACUGAUAAAUCCGCUUCUUUGCCAUCUGUACAUUGAAAUGUUAAAAGGACGGGACUGGCGUCCGGCUAUUGAGUUCCUGCGAAAAUAUGCCUCUCUAGUAGGAAGGAUAGAACCAUCAAGCGCUCCACCGAGCAGUUCGCCAUUGAUAAUGAAUCAAAAAAUAAACGGAACCGUCGAGGAUCAGCAAGCUACCGGGAUACCUGCUUCAACUAUAGAAAACUCGGCAAUUGUGUUCUCUCUGCCGCAGGAAACUGUCCCACCGAAGCUGGAAACAUUCAAACAGCUUGUCUGCAAACUAUCUCAAACUACUCGAAUUCAGGAUUUGGAAAACGAGCCGCUUACCCUACAGUUCCGUUCCUGUCAGUACGAAAUUCGACUUUGCGGUGAUUCUGUAAUUGCACUUCACAGGUACCUCGGUAAGCAUGGACACUCACUGAUUCUUCAGAUUCUACGGAAUUGGUUCUAUUUCGAAACAAGCGACGAUAAGGAUUUUACUGACUAUAGCCCAGAUCCGGCUGCUCCGAGGAAGACUAAAAAACCUCGGUUGGCUAUACCCAAUGGAUUGGAACUGAUCAAUGGAGAUCCUUCGAUGGACGUAGAACAGACUGAACCGGAGUACGAUUUUUCCGAGCACUCCAAUGAAGAGAAUGUGAAGUUCUUACUGAAAAAUGGUUUCAACAGUGCUUUCCUGCGUUACAAAGUUAGUGAAUUGAAUGGCAGUUUGGAAGGAGCAAGAACAGAGGGUCGCAUUCAUCCAUACAUGUCGACGAUGGAUAUGCUCGACGACGACGACGAAGAUGAUACCGGUGGGUUUAUGCCAUCGCUCGAGGAUAUCCCCGUCAAGUCAGAGGUAUUUCAGGAUGGAACCGAGCAACAGCUACAGGAAGAUAUAUCGGGACUGUUUCGAAAGAUGACUUCGGCCGAACGGUUGCGGAAAAUUAGAGAAUGUACGGAAAGGUUAAACCAGUACCAGGAUCCGCUUUGCAUUUACCAGGUUGAAAACGUUGACGACCGACUAACGUCGGCAGCAAUCGAUCAGCACAGUUGCCAUCUGGCAAGUGGAUUCGAAGAUUCCUCCAUUAUGUUGUGGUCGGUCAAUCGCAGCACUCAGAUUGGUCGAAAGCCGUACACAACGGUGCGGGAUCGUCAGUGCUGUUGGAAUGUGACUUCCUGUGAUAGUAGAUUUAGUGAAGAAGGAGAUGAGUUAGUAGAGCAAGAGGACACACUCCCGGGAGAGUCCUCCGCACGAAGGAGUUCAUUUCAUGUCAAAUCGCAGGCAGAGAUUGACAGGCAGAACAAAUUACUUCCGAUUUACAGUAGGCACCUCAGUAAGCGGGACCGAUGGAAACAGUUCAUGGAGAGGAGAUGCUGCGAGAAUGUGUUCACGGAAACGGGUGGGGUUACACUGCGUGGUCACUCCAAUGCCAUCACGGAUCUCAUAUUCUCCGGGCACGGGCCGCUACUGAUGAGUGUUUCUCGUGAUCUUACGAUGCGGGCAUGGCACUCGAGUGAUUACAACUGUCGGGCAGUGUACCGUGGUCACAACCAUCCGAUCUGGUGCGUGGCGGAAAGUACUACUGGGCUAUAUUUAGCCACCGGCUCUCGAGAUACUACGGCGCGUUUGUGGUCAACCGAUCGAGAGUUUCCGCUUCAGAUUUAUGUGGGACACACGCAGGACGUGGACACAGUAGCAUUUCAUCCUAAUGGGAACUACUUGGCGACCGGUUCCACUGAUCUUACCGUAAGACUGUGGUGCGUUACCAGUGGGAAAUUGUUUCGCAUCUUCACCGAUUGUCGUCAGCCGAUUCAACGAGUAUGCUUCAGUCCGGAUGGCAAAUAUCUUGCAGCUGCUGGUGAGGAAAAUCGGGUUCGAAUUUUUGAUCUGGCUGCCGGUUCCCAACUGACUGAACUACGAGAUCAUACUUCGGCAGUAACCUGCGUUGCCUGGAGUCCAAAUAGUCGACAUUUUGUAUCGGCUGGGGCCGAUGGAACCGUUCGAAUUUGGGACGCAACGCGAAUGGUUUCAUCUAGUUCUUCCGCUACAUCAUCUUCGGCCGGGAGCUCUAGCAGCAAUCAGCAUAGUACAAUCAAUAGCCCUAGCAGUGGUGCUGCUUCUGUCCCGGUUGCUGGUGCCAGUAACAAUGGAAUGACUAGUAACAUUCAUAAUAACUCAACACAGAAGAGCAAAUCCAGUGGGUCCUCUACGUCAAGCAAUAAUCUGCUGCUGGCCUACUCAACCGGAUCCCGGCGGAUCUACCGGUUGCACUACAAUCAACAGAAUGGUAAACUGAGUUGCAUCGGCAGUAGCUAGAAUGGAACGGGUGAGCUUCCCAGUCGCGUCAGUGUGUGUUAAGUAUUAUUUAUUAUUUCUGGCACCUUAGUAAUACUUCGUCCCUGUUAUUCCUAUCCCGAUUCUUCCUCUCGUAUACUCAAAAUAUUCCGUUGUUCAAAAUUCGGAAUUAAGUCGUUUCAUGUUUAGUUAAAAUUAAGUUUCCUAGAUGGAAGGAUACAGUAAUGCGAUGCAGAAGUGAAAAUAAAUAUUCUGCUCUUAACAAAAACAAAACAA